CACAAUGUCCUCUGGCAACGUCGUGCUCGAAACCUCCAUGGGCCCGAUCACCAUCGAGCUCUACUGGCACGAAGCCCCGCGCACCUGCAAAAACUUUUACGAGCUCGCCCGCCGCGGCUCCUACAACUCGGUGAUCUUCCACCGCAUCAUCGCGGAUUUCAUGAUCCAGGGCGGCGACCCCACCGGCACCGGCCGCGGCGGCUCGUCCAUAUACGGCGGCAAGUUCGAAGACGAAAUCACAAGGGCGCUCAAGCACACGGGCGCUGGUGUGCUCAGCAUGGCCAACUCGGGACCAAACACCAAUGGCUCGCAGUUCUUCAUUACGCUGGCACCCACGCCGCACCUGGACGGCAAGCACACGGUGUUUGGCAGGGUCAAGGAGGGCAUGGACGUCAAACGACCGCCGCGCGAAGACGUCCGCAUCCUGCGCGCGGUGGCUACAAACUAGCAUCGAAUUUUCUUUUUUACGUUUGUUAGGAAAUCACGUAGAAAAUAGAUUCUUUAAA